AUGGAACAAAUUGAUGCUUUCGUGAUAAAAACUUAUGAUUUGAUAGGACAGUAUUUCCCUAGUAAUGGUGUAAAAGGUAAAAUAGAGAAGGUUCAGGAAGGAAUAAGGAAACCUGAAUGUAUAAGAACUAAAGCUAAGCCCGACGUGAACGAUUUAAGUAGAAUUGCGUUGAAAUUACCCAAUUGGCAGGUAUUAAGUCAGGAUUCAUGUCAUCUAUCACCAACUAGACCAAAAGUACUUGUUGGAUAUUAUCCUGCUUAUAAACUUAAUUUAACACUGGGUGUGGAUUUUGAUAUCAGCUCAUCAAUUGAUUACUUAAACUAUGUUGCAUUUGGCCCAAAUGACCUUGUUAAUAAUGGCGCAAAUCUUAAUAUUGGUGGUGACCCAAUGGUAUUUUUUAACAGUCAAUCUUCCAAGUUGUAUAAACUGUUAAGCUAUAAAGCAAAAAACAGUCUAAAUUUUAAGCUUAUUCUAUCAAUCCUAUUACCAACUGAUGGAAAUAAUUUAACUAAAUUCUUUAAUAAACAACCUUUGGAUCCGAUUCAGGGUUGGUAUAAUCCGAAUAGCACACAAAAUACGAAAUUCAUUGGGGAUUUAAUUACUGUUGUUAAUAGUUUUAACUUUGAUGGAAUUGAUAUUGAUUAUCCCUAUAAAUUUCCGUGCAGUCCUUCAAUAGGAUUCGUUGAUUCUGAUUUUCUAAAUUUCAUAAAUGCCAUAUCAUCGCGAUUAGGUAAUAAGGAUUUAACAAUUACGGCGGGUCAAUAUUCUAUAAAAGGCCUCAACCAAAACAUUGUUAAUUUUAUAAAUAUUCAGGGAUUUCAUCUUAAUAUAAAUAACACGUAUACAAGUUCUGGAAUAGACAAAAUCUCGCAAAUGUUAAAUGAUUGGAAUUUUAUAGAUCACUCAAAACUCUUUUUGGGAGUUGAGUUUGGAGGAAUUGUCGAAAUUGUUACUUCUAAUAAUAUUAGAUCAGACAUUGAGAAACGAAACCUUCAACCAGUAAACGACUCAAAUUUUCAGUUCCCUUUUGCUAAUGAACCGAUUUCGGAUUUGUGUAAAUAUUCAUCAUAUGCAUAUUUAUCUUGGGAAAAUUUAAGUGAACAACCAUAUCUUUACCGACAACAAAACUCGCCUUCAAAAUAUUAUGUUACUUUUUAUGAAGAUUAUCAAUCGUUAAGUGCUAAACUCGACUAUAUAAGAAUUAAUAAUUUAGCAGGAAUUUCGAUUGUAGAUAUCACCAAAGAUUCGAAAGACUUACAAUUGACAAACUUUAUUUUGAGAAUUUCAGGCACUUCAUCUAAAUCCCAGCUUAAUAUAGGUGCAAUAGUAGGUGGUGUAAUAGGCGCCAUUAUUUUUAUUGGCGCAUUAGCAGUUGGUAUCGUAUUAUAUCGAAGACACAAAGAGGAAACGUCUAUUUCAAAGUAUAUCUCUGAUACAACCUACUCGGAUACAAAUCAUAUGUCUCCUAAUAUGUCUGGAGCGUAG